CGCUCUUCCCCCGUAUUGCUCUGGCUCUCAUCCGUUGAGUUAACUCAACAACUUAAUGCGUGCUUCCCGACAUUGACUUUUACUCCUGAGUACGCAGGGGAAUUUAGCUCUGUGAUAAAUUUAGGCGCACCAAAAACAGUUUUUUUAACUUUAUAAAGCUUUAGUUUGCGAAGCGGCUGCUGGAAUAACUAGAUUGUCAAAAGUAUCUAGUGCUUUCGGUCAGCGUUUAUUCAGUCCUGCCUUUGCUAGAGACUCCAACCGAGGCCCUCCGGCGAGUGGAGAAGCUAGAGAGUGCUUAACUUUUUUUUUUUUUUUUUUUUUGAUGGCACCGAACGCUGCAACUCGUACUCGUCUGCCACCAGACAGCUCUUGUGCAAUGGUGACGUGCGGUGCGAAGUUCGGUGAUUCCUGGAAACAUCGUGGACUGGGAAUAUUAGGAACAAUGUCGAGGUCACUGAAUGAAUCGGCAGCAAAACCAAGAGUUACUUGGAUUACUCUUACGCGGGAUUGCCUUUGGCCCGUUGCGCUCAUAUGCACUCUUCUGCUGGUUGCGUGCCCUGCGGAUGUAGAAGCAGCCAGCAACGCCCCUUUCGAAGUGACAGCUGUUGCGGGUGGUGACGCCUGGCUCCCAUGCAACAUCACCCCUGACGGCAACGAAGAGCGUCCCGUCGCCCUGAUCCUGUGGUACAAAGACAAUUCUUCGACUCCCGUCUACACGGUUGACGCUCGCUGGGGCAGCCUUCUCCAAGGAGCUAGGCACUUUCCCAGCGAAGAGGACGAGGAGCUAGCCGCCAGGAUGAGCUUCGAGGCCGGCCACCAGCCCGCGCUGCUGCGAGUGACCCGCGUCCAAGCCGAGGACGCCGGCAUAUACCGCUGCCGCGUGGACUACCGCCAGGCGCGCACUGAAGUCACGUUCUCCGUUCUACGCGUCAUAGUGCCACCGAGGGAGCUGAUCGUUCUCGACGAGUACGGCCAGAGACAAGUGGAUGUCCUUGGACCAUACAACGAGGGCGCCACUGUUCUUCUAGUGUGUGAAGUGGAGGGAGGAGAUCCCCCACCUGAAGUAGUCUGGUACAAGGACGGUGAAUUACUGGACGCCAGCUUCUCUGUGCUGUGGCCUCAAGGGGUCGUGCGGAACGAGCUACGACUGGGCCCGCUACGACGACGAGACCUUCUCGUCGCGCUUCAGUGCACUGCUUCGAAUAACAACCUGACCGAGGAGCUGACGGCCCUGCUUAAGCUGGAUCUCACUCUGAAACCCACGGAGGUGAAGGUGUCGUUGCCGACACUAUCGACCCCUUCUGGUGGCGCCACCCUGGUGGCAGGCGAGGUGGCCGAGGCACGGUGCCAAGCACGGGGCGCGCGUCCCGUGGCUCAAGUGGCCUGGUUCAAGGGAGGCGAGCGACUGCAGCACGAUCGCCUGCUGUCUCGAGAGCCGGGACUGACACUCAGCGCCGUGAGCUUUGUGGUCCGAGCCCAGGACCAUGGUUUGCAGCUAACAUGCCGUGCAGACAACCCGAGCCUUCCAGGAAGCGAGAUCAGCGAUUCAUUUGUGCUUGAUGUUCAGUAUCCACCACAGCUGUCGCUCACUGCUUCCGACCUUCGUCCACACGAGGGUGACAACUCCACGCUACGCUGUGACUGGAGCGCCAACCCCACCGUGAACGCCGUCUGGUGGCGCCGCGACGGGCAGCUGCUGGAGUGGAGAGACGAAGUGCUUCACUUGAGCAAUGUAACCAGAGCUCACUCAGGCUUGUACGAGUGCCUCGCCUCUAACCGUUUCGGUGAAAGCUUCAGCAACCAACUGAGGCUCUCCGUGCAAUACGCUCCCGAGUGUGCCGAGGGUCAAAGGGAAGAGUACGCUGCGUCACCCGAGCUCCGCGUCGCUUGCGAGGUACGCGCCAACCCUAGCGACGAGCUACACUUCGAGUGGCUGGCCAACACCACGAAGCGUGCGGGCCGCAUCAACAGCCUGGCGGUGAACGGAACCCGGGCCCUCGCGCGGGCUGUUGCCAGCAGGGAGCUGGAGUACGGCCUGCUGCUCUGCUGGGCAUCAAACAACGUGGGAAAGCAGAGGGACCCGUGCAUCUUCCGCAUCGUGCCGCCCGCACCUCCGGGGAGUCCUCACAACUGCACGGUGACUGCUCAAAGUCAAGACGGCAUGGCGGUCACCUGCUCUCCGGGCUCCACAGGCGGACUCCCGGUGACUUUCUUCGCCGAGCUGCUCGUUGACGGAACGGCGACGUCGCCGCCUGCGCUGUUGCGAAACGCCAGCGACUCCGGGCGGCCGGAGUUCAGCUUCGCAGGGUUGCCCAAGGAGGGUUCAUUGCUGGUCCGCGUCUACGCAGCCAACUCGCAAGGCCGAAGUGCCGACGCGGAAGUGCACCUUCCCGCCGGAUUAUCGCUACUGCACAAGCCCUCUCCCCCCAUCGACUCCAACGCGGUGAAGCUACCAGGCCACGUUUUGGGCUUUCUCGUUACAGCAGUCGUCGCACUUGUUUUUGUCAUUGUCUCACUGACUGCUGCGAGACACUGGAAGCGUCGGCGGAGGCGUAAAGAGGCAAAACAUUCAGUCCAGCUUCAAAAAUAUUCCCCCGAGAAAACCUUCUGCGAGUGCACUUCCGGUGACGUCGUGUAUCAGUCUCCAGAUCUCAUCACGAGCAAGUACGGAGUGUCAGGCGAGUAUACCAGAUUCGACGUUGAUUCGUAGU